AUGGAUAAGGACGACGACGAUCAACUGCAAACCUACUCACGAGUCUCUCCAUUAGAAAUUGACGAAGAAGAAGACGAAGGUAUUGUACAAUCGGAAAAAGUAGUAGUCCUCCAACGGGAGACUCUUGAUGAGUGUGACGACGACAAUCCCUUUUUGAAAACCCUAUUACCCGACGCGGCCAUUAACAUUCGCGGUCAUUUGCUAAUAGAUGGCGUCUUUGCAGUCAAACUUUUGAAAUUCUUGGGAUUGACCUUUGGAUUAAUUGCCUUGUUUCACGCUAUUGUCGCCAAUGUUCCAUUGCUGAACGAUCGAGACCGGAAUUUGGAGUUGUGGCACAUUUGGCGGUACGAAGGCAAUUUGAUUGUCUUUGACUCGGUAGUCUUUUUUCUAGUGGGACGGCUGUGGAAACAACGUGGAGUGGAUCACUUGGGAUGGAUCAUUCCUUUGCUCGUUGCGAAUAUUUACUACGAAAGUCAACAUUUUAUUUCGUGGUUACGACACAGUGUCACUCUGUACGAGAUGCACUGCAUUUGGCCCUGGGAGCUUUGGAUGUUUGUGGUGACACUGGUACCUACCAUCGGAGGGGUUGUUUUGGCCCAUGUAUGGAGGGCCUAUCAAAGGCAAUUGCUUCUCCUAAAAAUUUCGGAAUUGUUCCUUUGCGCGCUCUUCUUUUUGGUACCCAUGUUGGGAUCCAACUAUUUUCAUCUACAUCAUUGGUACGCUGGCUGGUUGAUUGGUAUGCACUGCAACUUUGACAAGUGGUGGUCCCGUUCGGCCAUGGCCUAUUGCUGGGGAAUGUACAUCAACGGAAUUGCCGUAUAUGGCCGAGAUCCUGUCUUGACUUGCGAAUAUUCCUAUUGGUUGAGUACGGACAAUCGAUGUCCCUACAUGGCGUGCUAUUUGGAGGCCAUGGCCCACAAAAAUGAUACCAACCACACCACCGACGUGGUGGAAAUGAUUGCAGCGGAUUGGAGGAAUUGUUCGGCUUCGGGAUUUCAUCCAUAG